CUCCCCUUCUUCUCAUUAAAAACCCAGAAGCAAUUGCUAGAGAAAUAGCAUGCAAAAAAAUGCAUAACGAGUUGUAAUCUCUAGGAUAUUCCCUCCCUGCAAGAAAAAAGAGCGGGACAAAAAUACUAGGUAAAAAUGAAACCUAGCCAGCAGAGGAUAGUCUCGAUUAUCUUGGCCACCCAAUCCCAGACCUUUCGCAUGGUGCAGACCCGUGCAAGUGGAGCGAAGGGAGGAUCAGGAGGGGUCGAGGUCCCGUGUGCACAGAGCCUGGCUGUGACAUUUCGCUUAACGACGCCGCGCAAUGUUUGGCGUCUUCACCCAAAAUCAACGGAGGACGGCCCUGCUCCAGCUUAAUUGGGACAACACAGAGGCGUAAACAUUUUGCCGGUUGUCUCGAAUCAACUGGUCCUAACGCAAAAAGUGAUGGUGGGGGAGUUUGGGGGAAGAGAAGAGUUCGUGUGUGAGUGUUGGGGGGAAGUAUCUUGAAUGUUCUCUCACCCACACCAGAGUACCCCCGCUUCCCCAACCCCGCCGUGGGGGGGAGGUAGAAAGGAGUGUUAUGGGGCGGCGCAAGCCAGCACAGCUUGUUUGUUCUUGUGCAAGCAUGCACACCCUGACUUUGGUGGGUAGAAGUGUGCGUGCGUGUGUGUAUAUAGAUAUAUAAAGGCUCAGGCGCAUUUUGGAAGCAUGACAAUUCCACAGCAACUUACAGCUUCACAAACAUUUUUCGAAAACUUUUACUGAAUAUUUCUCAAGGUGUACGCUGCCGAAAAGGUUCUUCUCUCAUCCCUAAAACCGUUUUCCAUUUGUACUAUCGUUUCAUCGUCGGACAACAAGAAGAACUACAGGAAGCUGGACAGUGUCUUUACAAAAAAAGAUUUAAACCCUGAGGAUCGCACGGAAGAUAUCUGUGGGUAGGGAGGUUUGAACGAUUGAACAUCUACCCGACACAAGGGCCACUGGAAGUAAGAGAAAAACCAGGAGAUCUCUUCAAGUGGGAACUUCCGGACUGCUGUAGUCUGCAAAACAACGGUUGUCUGGCAGAGAAAACAAAUCAGCGAAGAAAGACAGUCGCCGGACAAGAUGGAAGUGUUCGGAGUGGUCAUCGCUCUCAUCGUCAUAGCCAAAGCCAACAGCCAGGCGCAGAGCCCGCCAGCUGGCUGCACCAAGUCCUGCCCUGACGGCUACCUUCAAGGGAUCUACAAGACGGCCAUUUGCACGUGCAGAGCGGAAAAAUGUAAAGAAGUGUGUCAAGACAGACAAUGCGAUCUGAAGUUUUCCGACCUUUUUGGAGAGUACCCAGUGUGUGGAACAGCGGAGCAGAUUGUGGUCGGCCUCUCUGACCCACAAGUUGACCCCAACCUGAACCAGUGCGACAUGCCUGCUGUCACCGGCCGUUGUCGCGCCCUCAUCUACCGCUACUACUUCGACAAGGCCCAGCAGCAGUGCGUCAAGUUCAUCUUCGGCGGCUGCAACGGCAACGACAACAACUUCUACACGAAGGAGGAGUGCGAGCAGCGCUGCCUGAAGUCCAAGCCUGUGGCCAGCCCCACCCAGGCGAGCAGGGUGCUGUCCUUGUUCCGUCGCCAGCUGGGUGUGACCGGGAAGUGAACACACUCCUUCUCGCUGCUACAUCCCUCACUUCACCCCCUACUCCCCACCUCCAUCAACGACGUUCACUACCACACCAUGCUGUUUCCCUGGCAACCACACGUUCAAUCAGACCUUCCCCGCCCCAUUCUCCCUCCUCCACACGGAGGUUUGGUCCUUCCUUCCCCUCGCGGUCAUAAUUGAUAUCUAGGGUGUAAUUUCUGCGUCUCAUCAAGCUAUAUUCAUAGUCAGACAUUCAAGUGGCUUUUUGCACAAAACUUUACAAGUCCAAGUGGAAGUUUGUACACAAUUUCCACAAAUUCAAGUAGGAUUCGCCAUGAUUUCCUCACAAAUUUAAGUGAUAUUCUUCAAACAUUCAAGCAGCAUUCCCUAAUUCACGUGGUAUUCUCCGACAAAAGAUAUUCUCUUCAAAUUUUCCUUAAAUUCAAGUGGUAUUCUGAAGACUUAAUUAUCCAAAAAUUGAACACCUGAUUGCAAAUGGUAAACUUUCUCCUUCAAGCAAAGAUUUUUUUGACAUCACCUUCUGCUUUAUUGAUGUCAGCCGAGCGUUGUAUUCCUCCUCUUCUCAUCCCCUUCUCAUCCCUACCCAGGAUUCCUCAACACCUUAUUUCACACAUCGCCUCAUACGUCGCAGUAAAACGCUGUUUUUGGAAGAAAGUCCCAUAGCCCCACCCGAUAUAUUCCCCAGAACCUUGUGUAAUAUUCCCCACAGCCAUGUGUAAUAUUCCCCACAGCCUUGUGUAAUAUUCCCAUCUCCUCAUGUUUCCCAUGGUCCCGCAGUUAAGUAGGGACCACCGGAAUCUCUCCCAUCACUGUCCCAAGACACUGUCCCGGUGAGAUAACGAGGGCGGAGAUGCUCUUGACAUCUAAGGUCGACCCCCAUUUUGUUAAAAAAUCGCAAAUUAGGAAUUCUGAGACUACGAGGGCCUCUUUAACGCAUCGUCUGCGGCCAUUUAUAUUCUUUUUGCUGAUCUCAUGAUGUGGGCGAAUCUUUCUGCCAAUGUUUGACACCCACAGACAAUGCACACAGCACGGAUUCACUCCCACGCGCACACAUACACACAAGCUUGCAAGGAAGGAAACGAUGUGUGUGUGUGAGAGAGAAAGAGAAAGAGAGGGAGGAAGGGAGUAUGUUCCUGUUGAUGCUGUAUCUCCUUCCCAAGCUGUCCCUGUAAAAGUUUUUUUUCUGUUCAUAAAUCUUUUAAGAAUUUAAAUGAUUCGCUUACAGAAGACAUCCAUUAUGUUGCAAACACUCACCAUGUCGUGUCUGCUCUUUCUCAAUGAGCUAGUGCCCUCGACAUAAACCUAUUGUCGUGUUCUCCGACUCCUUCCCUCCCCUUUCCCUCCACAAACUCCUCCACCAGAUGACCGAGGCGUAGUCCCAGAUGCUGCAUCUCCAUUAAUCUUGGUUCUGGGCUCUUGCUUUGCGGACAGAGAGAGAGAGAGGGACCUUUGCAACACAUUAACCCCUUUCAACUGACAUCUUGCUUCAGGUUUUUGCUAAGCAGGCUUCGUGUCCGGUCGUGAAUAGAAAGUUCACAGGAUGUGGCAUUGCACGUGACUGCACGUGAUGGCGAUGCUCAGACUUUUGUACAGACCACUUGGGUUCUUCCUUCCAGCGUGUGAUGCUUAUACACUAGAACUCAUUUUUGUCAAAUGUUUCAUCGUUACUUCCUGAUUAUGAAUAUGCAUUUAAUUUUAUUAUAAACAAUGUUUCGAAGAUGUAUUCAAUAAAACUUCGAUAAAGUAGA